GACGUCAGCCCACACUCAACUUGACUGAAGUAAAAUACUGUCUAGACCACGUGAUUGCAAAAUACCAGUUUACAGUAUAGUUUACAGUAAGAGAUGUCACUUUUUAGGUGGCCGAUUAGACAAAUUCUAAUAUUACUUCAAAUCUAAACUCUGAGAAAUAUUGACAGAGGGAUUUUACCUGUCAGUAUUCUGCAUCGUAUUUAUUCUUUAUAACUUGCACAAAGGUCGGUCUGUCUGCGUGGUAACUUUUCCUUAUUGCUGACAAAAUGUUUUGGUUCUUGGAGGGAAUAUGCUUUUUACCAACUUUUUUGGUCAUCUGGUCAUCAAGCACGUUUAUUGUUUCCUACCUAAUUGCAUUGUUCGAGCAUGAUGUGGAUGUUAUCUUCCCCUAUAUAAGUGACACUGGGGCUGAACCCCCAGAGAGCUGUGUCUUUGGCUUGAUGACGGUCAUCACUGCAUUUGCAGGUAUGGCCACCAUGUAUGCCAGAUACAAGUUUGUGGAGAAGCUCAAUGAGAAGGCGGGUGGUGUGCCCCCAGUACUGAACCAGGCUGCUUUGUGGAUUGGAAUGCUUUCUUGUUUGGGGAUGUGUUUUGUCGCUACUUUCCAGGAGACAACGAUUACGACAGUUCAUGAUGCAGGUGCAUUACUCUUCUUUGUGUCUGGUGUUCUGUACACCAUCCUCCAGUCCAUCAUAUCCUAUAAGUCCUUCCCCUAUGGGUGUUCAUUGGCCUUGUGUCGUGUGCGCACAGGAAUUGCAACCAUCGCCUUCCUGGCAGUUUUCCCCACUGUUGUCUGUGCUGUCUUCGUGACACAAACCACACUGCAUAGAAAAACAGAAGACGAGGACUAUGUGUUCCAUCUGGUGAGUGCUGUGAGUGAGUGGAUCGUGGCCUUCAGCUUCAUCUUCUUCUUCUUCACCUACAUCCACGACUUUAAAAAGUUUACUCUGAAGCUGAGAACACAGUUUGUGGACUAUUCCUGAUGAAGCAUUGAUUUGAACCUUUUAAUCGGAAUAUUUACAAAAUCAAAUGUAUUUUUUUACUUUUAUAAAGCAAAUGUAUAUGA